AUGCACGACGGCUGGGUGAGCAACACGGGUGGCAUAGCUGGUGGCAAUGCCGUGUCCGACAGCUACUGGUGCGGCGGCGUAACCGUGACCGGCAAGACCAUAGCCGUUACCGACAAGUCCAAUGCYGUUACCGACAAGACCAUAGCCGUUACCGGCGAGACCAUAGCCAUGGCUGGCGAUGACUGGUGCGUCAUAAGCGGCGUACGAGACGGCUGCCGGUGGGACGGCAACGGCCAGACCGAGAAGAGCGGACAAAACGAUCUGAUGAAUGGUAAUAAUGUUUUAAAAUACUAUCAAUGGUCGAUAUUUUUAACCUUAUUUAUUGGUUAUGCAUUUUAUGCCUACAAUCGCAAAAGUGUAUCCCUGGCUAUGCCGGAGCUCAUGAGGAAUGGCCUACAAAAAAGUGAUGCAGGACUCAUAGUUAGCUCACAAAACAUAGCCUACGCUAUCAGCAAAUUCAUUGGUGGCGUACUAUCCGAUCGGCUGUCCUCACGUCUAUUGUUUUCAUCGGGACUCAUAUUGUCGGGUUUGGCUACACUUUUGUUCGCCAAUUCGGACACAAUCACCGUAUUUACGGCCCUGUGGUUUGUCAAUGGACUGGCCCAGGGAUUCGGUUGGCCGGCCUGUGCCAAAGUAUUGCGCCAAUGGUUUGCGCCGUCACAGUUCGGCACCUUCUGGUCACUAUUGUCGGCAUCGGCCAACAUAUCGGGCGGUUUAUCGCCAUUUGUCGCGGCUUUUAUCAUAUUGAAUUACGGCUGGCGGGCCAGUCUACUGGCAGCCGGCACAUUGUCCAUCGGUAUGGGCGCUAUAGCUGCUGUUACUGUUGUCAAUCGACCCGAAGAUGCGGGACUUGAACCGGUUGUCGCUCAGCAAAGUAAAACUGACAACAAAACUAAAGAUAAAAACUCAGACAAACAAAGUUGGACAGACCUAUUGAACAGUCCGUUUCUAUGGCUGAUCAGUGUGUCCUAUAUGAGUGUAUUCGCUUCGAAGACCAGUGCCGUCGAUUGGGGCCAAAUGUAUCUGAUUGAGGACAGACAUCACACACAAUUGAUAGGCUCAUCGUUUACCAGCAGUGUCGAGUCGGGCGGCUUUUUUGGCGGAUCACUGGCCGGCUAUCUGACCGAUCUGAUGCUUCGGCGGCAUAUAUCUAAARCCAGUAGUAGUAGUAGUCAAAAGUCGCGGUCAUCAUCGUUGACGCCGUCCAACGCCCGAAUGCCGAUCGCCAUUGCAAUGAUGACAGUCGUCGGCGUWUGUCUUCAUUUGUUACAAUUCUAUGUCACCGAACAGUCGUCUCAGUUGAUGAUAACGUCGGUCGGCUUUGUAUUAGGCGCCUGUCUGUACGGUCCGAUUGCCAUAUUCGGUGUCGUAGCCUCUGAGUCAGCUCCGCAACAUCUGAGCGGCACAUCCCAUGCCAUCGUAGCUCUGGCCGCAAACGUCGGUGCYAUUGUUUCGGGUCUACCGUUCAGUCUAUUAGCCAAACAUUAUAACUGGUCGGCAAUAUUCUUCUUACUCGAAAUUYUAACUUUUUUCACUGUCUUAUUGAUGAUCGUCGGCCGUAAUAUACCCGCAAGUAUUGGUAAACAUAGUAAACAAUUAUAA